AUGCAGGUGUGGAAGGACAAGCAGUGGCUACACAACUUUCAGAUGCAGAAAGCCACCUCCCUGGAACUGUGUGCGGAGCUCGCCUCAGACCUGCAGCGCAAGUACACCAGAAUGAGAGCUGCCUUCUCAGUAGAGAAGCACGUGGCAAUUGCUGUGUGGAAGCUGGCAACUCCAGACUGCUACCGGUCCUGGUUACCUACUGUAAUGUACGACUCCAGAGAAAGACAGAAGUUCAUCAGUGAUGCUCAGUAUGUGAGGGAAAUGCAACACAAGAUGGAUUCAGAGUAUCAGGCUUGCCUGAGAAGACAGGAGCAGAAUAGAGAACAGACUGAGAAGAAACGAGAGCAACAUGCCAGGCAAGAACAGAGACAGAAAACCCUAUCUUCCAUCUAUGCUACACGCAGUUAUGAAAGACCAUGGAUAUCAGGCAUACCAGUUACCAGACAGACCUCUGCAGAUGAGGGUUCUGGGUCCGCCAUCAAGCCUUUUGCAAACAGAUCUGACUCAAAAUUUCCUGCUAUAGAAAAAACAUCAAGCAAGCAAAAGCAAAAACCUCCCAUGAGCUCCAGCAAAGUAACUCCAGUAUUGGAUUUGGAUGGAAGUUCAAGGUUUAGUGUCCGUAGACCCUUGUCUCCUAUAAGAAGUAGAGAUUCUUUUUCUGCUACAGAAAGUUAUGAAUCUUCAUCACCUAUAGUCAGUACACCUGAAGAUAAUAGCCUACUGGAUGAUAUGUCUGAUUUACAAAAUCAAAGUAGUGCUAUGAGCAGCAUUACAGCAUGUGAUACCACAAGUGCAAAGGAAAUAAACAAACAUGCAGACCCAGAGAAGCUUAAGAAACUGCAGGAGAGUCUACUGGCAGAAGACUCAGAAGAGGAAGGAGACCAGUGUCGGAUAUGUCAGAUUGCUGGGGGCUCUUUAACCAAUCCACUGGUAGAACCAUGUGGGUGCGUAGGAACCCUACAGUUUGUUCAUCAGGAAUGUCUAAAAACGUGGCUGAAAGCUAAGAUAAAAUCAGGUGCUGAGCUGGGGGCAGUGAAAACCUGUGAACUGUGUAAGCAGAGCCUGAUAGCUGAUCUGGAUGAUUUUGAUGUGAAUGACUAUUACAGAAAUCACCAACAGUCUCGGGCACAAAGUGAGCUAAUGAAUUCAGGUCUCUACCUUGUGCUGCUCCUUCACCUUUAUGAACAGAGGUUUGCAGAACUCAUGCGACUAAACUACAAUCAAGCCAGUAGAGACAGGCUCUCAAGACAGCCUAGAGCAGAGGAAAAUGAAAAUUCAGAGUCGGGGAACAAUGGAUAGAAGAGUGCUUACCAGAUUGUCCAAUGAAUUUGGAAUUUGGCAAAGAGGCUUUUAUAUUGAAUACCCUUCUCCAUGUGUUUUAUAUCCUUUUUUUGGGGGUCUUGCUUUACACCAAACUAAAACAAGUGUGUACAUGUCACACGAUCCUUUUCACGGGCUCUAUUACUGUCUUUAGAAGUGGAAACACCAAUUGAUAAUUACUUUAAAAUAACAUGGAACAAAGCAGCUAGUAGUGAAAAAAAAUGCCAUUUCUAUUGAUUAUAUCCUAAAACUGCUCACCAUAACAGAAAACAGAUGACUAGCAGGCAGUAUGUGUUUUUGACUGGCCUUCUGUAACCUUUACAAAUCAGAAGUUACAGAAAUGCAUGUGGUUGCUUUAUUGUGUACUCUGGACCCAUACUACAUUUUCAUUCUGUGAUUCAGAGGUUUCUCCUGAUUAGAGCUUGGGUUUGUACAGUAAAGUUAAAUCAUCAUAUAUACAGCUCACACUGGAAUCUUCUAUAGCAUUCUUGUAAAUUUACUGAUUUACUGUAUGUGAUGACAAACCUAUUAGUGUAUCGUCUCCAGCUUGAGUGGGACAAACUUUCAGUAAAAUAAUUUUAUUCACCCCCUUAACAUUAGCGUACACUAAUUUUUAAAGAACAAGAAAUACACAAGUUCUUUUC